AACCUUUGAGUUUCUUGCAGAAUAUAUACAAGCAAUGAAAAUAAAAUUGACGAAGGCCAAUCCCGCCGCUCCUACGUGCUGUUAAGACAAAAAACAAGGUUUUAGAAGAAAGAAAGAACACAUACCAUACCAGUGAUAAUCAAUAAAGAAGAAGAAGAAGAAUAAUAAUAAAAAAUGGAGGAAGAUAACGAAUGCACGAGCAGAGAAGAACAAGAAGAAGCAUUGGUCGCUUUGAUCGAACACCGUACACGUGAAGUCCGUAAUCUCCGUAACCGUCUCUCCUAUUACAAAUCUCAGCUUGAUGAAGCAGAAAAGAGGUUACGAGAUUCAGAAUUGAAAUUGGCGCGUCUUCGAGGUCAAACUAAUCAUACAACUAAAUCAGAUGCAGAUGAUGGAAUUGUAGCUGUGAAAACAGAGCGUAGAUCAAUUAGUCCAAUUGAUAGGAAUAAUGAACGUUUUUCCAAAAACAAUAAUCAUCAAUCUAAUAAACCUCAACUUGUUAUACCUGCUGUUACUCCGAAAACUUCGCACUUGUCCAAGUCCAAUCCCAAAGCUUCUGCUUCUGAAAUAUCCACUCCCUCGGUUCAUAUUCCUUCCGUUAAUGGAGGAAACUCUGAUAAGUCUCGUAGAGACAAACAAAAUCUUGAAGUUAAGGACAAAGGGACAAAAAGAAAAUUUGAACAGAAAGAACACAAGGAGUUGACUCCUUUAAUACGUAAGAGUACCACACUGAACUUAAUACACUGCCAAACAAGCAACCACAUCUCAAGUCAGCACAAGAGGAAAUUGCGGAGCAUUGCUUUGUGUCCUGUGGAUGAUCAGCGUUUUGUGACCAGUGCUUUGGAUGGAGUGGUCAACUUGUGGCAAGUCCAAGCUAAGGGAUCAGGAGCCUCUCUGCUUAACUCUACUGAUUGUGCAUCCCAAAAACAGAGGAGAUGGCCAGAAGAUAUAGCUUGGCAUCCGGAAGGAAACAGGCUCUUUUCAGUAUAUAGUGCUGAUGGUGGAGACUCACAGAUAUCAGUUACUAAUCUGAAUAAAUUUCAAGUGGGAGAACGUGUGAAGUUCUUAGAAGACAAGCCCCAUGUUAAGGGAAUUAUCAAUGGCAUUGUUUUUAUGCCUUGGGAAGAAACAUGUUUUGUAACGGGUGGAAGUGACCAUGCUGUUAUACUUUGGAAUGAGCUGGAUGGUGAGAACAAGUGGAAGCCAAAAGCAUUGCACAGGAAUCUUCAUUCUUCUGCUGUCAUGGGUGUAGCUGGUAUGCAGCAGAAGCCGAUCGUGUUAUCUGCAGGUGCAGACAGGAGAAUAUUUGGGUUUGAUGUCAGUGUGGGAAGAGCAGAUUUCAGUCAUCAGAUUGAUAGUAAAUGCAUGAGUGUCCUUCCCAAUCCGUGUGACUUCAACUUGUUUAUGGUUCAAACAGGGACACAUGAGAAGCAGCUUCGAUUAUUUGAUAUUAGAUUGAGGCGGACAGAACUUCAUGCUUUUGGGUGGAAACAAGAAAGCAGCGACUCCCAAUCAGCUCUGAUAAAUCAGGCUUGGUCUCCUGAUGGACUUUAUAUAACAUCUGGUUCAGCGGAUCCUGUGAUUCACAUUUUUGAUAUAAGAUAUAAUGCCAACAAGCCUUCCCAAUCUAUAAGAGCUCACCAGAAACGAGUAUUCAAAGCCAUGUGGCUUCAGUCUAUUCCUCUUCUCAUAUCCAUUUCAUCUGAUCUCAACAUUGGGUUGCACAAGGUUUACUAGAACAUAUUUUGCCAAUGACUGUGAAACCUUUUGCUGGUGAUGAAUUGUUAUUGUACUUGAAUUUGUUUAGGAAGGAUUGUUGGUUUUGCUUAGACCUGUAGAAUUUUGCGCGUUGCAAGUGGCGAUCUAGUGAAGGGUAAAAUUUUAUUUGGAGGAGAAAAAUUAGGAAAAUUUUGGUUCCGAAAUGCCUACUCAUCAUAUGUUGGCGAAGUUGUAUUUUACUACUAUCUCCAUCUCAUGUGUCUUUUUUUAAGGACUCGUGACGAUAGUUUAUUAGACAUGGUGUGAUUUUAUUAAGUCAGAACCCACGUCAGAGACUUGCAAAUAAUAAUUUUCAAUUUUGCAUGUUA